AUGAGAUACUCCAAGUGCCACAUAUUGGCUAUGACCAGCAACCUCAAUGCACCAUGCACUGGGAGUCCUGUGUUGAUAGGAAGCAUGUUUACAUUGCCAGCAAUUCGAGGAAUACAGUGUCAUUUUCUUUCCUCGAACAACAGCAAUCGGUUUCUGAAGCAAGCUAGCUAUUCUACAUCGGGACCCCAUCCAGAUAAGGAAUUGUUUCGCGAUGUACUACACUCUUCGACAACAAAGCGGGAGGCGAAAUCAUUUCUAAAAAGAUUUCAGCCCAAGGCCCAGGCCGAGCGUUCCAAGGUGUCAAAUCCGCGUAAUUCUGGGGUAAACCUUGGCCUCCUCUUCGGAUCAGGUGAGAAAGGGCGCGAUGCUGGACGAAAGGAUCUCUUCGCGGUUGGCAGAGGUCAUGAAGUGUUCCAUACUGCGCUGCUGAAGAUCAGAGCACCUGAAUUAAUUAGCAGUGACGCCUUGAGUGGCAUUGGACGCACGUUAUCUCAACUGGCAAAACUUGGUAUGUCAAGUAUCCUCGUUGUUGAUGCAUCGAAUAGCCGUGCUUCCGAUGCUGCAUCUCAUGCUCGAGCUACUCAUAAUCAAGCGGUAAGAAUUGUAGACGCUAUACAAGAGAGCAACGACCUAAGGGCACAAAUAAUCGAUCAGGCAUUCGACGUGUUGCCAUGUGCAGUGGAUGCUUCAAAGAGUUCUCUCGGAUCAAACCUGACUGACGUCCGGGCCAAAGUUCGACUCUCGAGCCCGAGCUUGUUAUGUUCCGCCUUCUUCAAGGGUAUCCUUCCUGUCGUUACCCCAGUUGGCCUUGUACAUUCGGCAGGCUUGCAGCGUGUAAGUGUGGCUGCAGAUGACGCGAUGCUUGCUAUUGUGACGGAAAUUGUGAAUAGUCCGCGGCGCCAGGUUCCUACCUCCUCAAAAUUGUCAGAAGCAGAAAAUCUGUCCACUUCACGAAUCGAAAUCUCCUUAGACCGUAUUAUUGUUCUUGAUCCGCUUGGUGGAAUACCAUCCACUGAUCGAUACCAUGGUUCACAUGUGUAUAUCAACCUUGAACAGGAGUUUGAGCUCAUCGAAGCCGAGCUAGAUCACCAUACAAUGGUGUAUCAAGGAAGUGCAGCAGUUGACGUUCAUUCUGCAAAUCUAGCACUCCUGAGAAAAAGCCUUCGGCUUCUCCCCGAAUCCUCUUCGGGGUUGAUCACAAGCCCACAAGAAGUUCUAAGGUCCCAAGCUCUUCCGUCACAGCAGAGUGUGAGCCCAGAAGUUCAGACACGUCGCAAGCGUAAUCCCCUCAUUCAUAAUUUCUUGACCGACAAGCCUGCUGUCUCUUCCUCUCUUCCUCAUGGCCGCUCUUCAAGACCAAGCCAGGCGAGCUCUUCCUCAACAUUCGUAAAACGAGGAGUGCCAGUAACCAUGAUUCCAAACGUGAAGACUGCUGCGUGGGCGCUUCCACUGCCUGGGUCAGACGGCUUGUCUCUCUUUGAUCCUCGCAUCGAUCUAGGUAGCCUUGUCAAACUAAUUGAAGCUUCUUUCAGACGGAAACUCAACCUUGACCAUUUCAAUACAAGGAUUGGACAUCGUUUAGCCGGUGUGGUUGUGGUGGGACAGUACGAAGGAUGUGCUUUGUUUACUUGGGAGUCCCCGCCUGGCUUUCCAAACAUGACGGUACCCUAUCUUGACAAAUUUGCUGUCUUGCCUGAGCAUCAGGGUACAAGCACAUGUAUCUCGGACGUACUUUUUCAGGCUAUGGUCAGAGACUGCUUUCCAAAAGGUGUUUGCUGGCGCAGUAGAACAAGCAACCCGGUAAAUAAAUGGUACUUUGAGCGGGCUCAUGGGACAUUCAAAAUACCAGGAACAACUUGGACAUCCUUCUGGACGACUGAAAACCCAACAGAGAUUGAACUCGGAGCAUACGAGUCAGUUUGCCGAACUGUCGAACCAAGCUGGGCAGACUGA